GAUUACAGAGUACUGCGGAAGUAUGUCUUAGUCUGCCAUCGCCUGACACAGGUUGUACUUCCUCUGCUGUAUUGUGACGUCUUGGUUAGUGUGGCCUCGCGCACAGCCCUAGAAAGUCUGUUUGCCGCCUUACAGCGUCGACCAACAUGUCAGGAGAGUGUCAAGCAUCUUUAUGUCCAUAUUCCAGAUUGCGAGUUAAUCCACCGACGCAACUUUUAUAUCAUGAAUGAUAUCAUCACCCAUAUCACCACUCUCAGAGCCUUAACCUUCUCCGGGGGAUGGGAGCGUUACCCAGAUCAAACAUGGGGCCUGGUUCAUAGGGCCUCUCGGAGCAUGCCAGCACUGGAGCGCUUGAAUCUAAGGCGUAUCUAUCUCAAAGGUCUUACCGUGCGGGACAUACUUAAGAGUGUUCAGAUGCCCAGUCUUCGCCAACUGGAGCUUUAUGGCGUUGCUCUUCCAACCGGGGGACACAUUGCGAGCGCAGAACGAAAGGCGAACAGGCCGUCCUGCCCACCGACUAGCAUAAAGAGCACUGCUCAAUUUUCAACCCUUCGUAUCCGAGACUACCAAGAGAACUCCGCCGCCACCCAAGAGUUGAUUCUCUGGCCCAAAGCCUUGAUCCAUUUCCACGCCUCAUUCCUGGGUGAGAGGAACCCGGAAUGCGAUCUGGAUCCCUUCAAGCUCAGCACAUUGCUCAACGCCCACAAGGACACCUUGAAAACCAUCCACAUCGGCAUCAUUCACGGGCCACAUCCAGGCAAGCUUUUCCAGACAAGGGGGUUUGUCGCCCUAGAGCGGCUGACGCUAUCCUGGUGGCAGAUCCGAGGAUGCGCUACGUGGCAGCAGCAGGGCGAAGAGGAACCACUAUUCGUCUUCACGCCCGCCCACGCGGAUGCCCUUCUCUGCGCGCCACGUCUCACGACCCUUGGGCUAGACUAUCGCGGGGAUGGCCAUGGUCUGGAUUCCUGCGACGCGUUCGGUGAAGUCGAGGCCCGUUGGAUCCGGGGGUUGGCCCAAGCAGCACGGGCCAGGCAGGCUGCGCUCCAGAAGAUCUCUGUCGGAUACAGGCCGGAUGUGGAUUUCCUCGAUGAGGUUCUGGAGUUUCCAUGGGAUCGACUAAGCCGACUUCGGGAGGAUCUUCAACCGUUUGGUAUAGGAUUGGAGUACGACGAGCCGACGUUCUCGGAGGAGGAGUGG